GUCCCAGAACAUGUGCUCUUCUGAGGCUCCCGAGGCUGCUUCCCUUGUGUGUGGCCUGUGGUGAGCCCUUCCUGCCAUUACAGUAGGCAUUUCCUCUGUGGCUCCGUGUCCCUGCCUCAGCCCGGUUCUCCUGGUCUCUGAACAAUCCUCAGUUUCCGUUGGUCACAGCUAAGAGGUGCCCAGGUGGAGUGGUUGGCCUUCCUCAUGAGUUGAGUGACCGCACGCCUGGCUCCCCAGGCUGUAGCUGCCUUCCCCACACUGCCUCUCCCUCACCAUCAUUGGCUAGACACACACGCCAUCUCAGUGGCCCUUGCAGCUCAGUGAUAGUGUCUGCAACGCCAGCCACACCUCAUGUCCUACUCACCAACGGAGCUUUAAUGGGCUUAGAUCAAUUCUAAGACAAUGUCCACAGGCCCCUCAGAGCUCGGCCUGUGUGGUAUGCGUCUCACUGACUUUGCUGCACCUGAGGCAGGGUCCACUGGUUCACAGGGCCCAACCCUAUGUAACCACUAUGUAUGCUCCCUGGGGAGAAACUGAGCUUCGCCAUGGAUAAGCACCCGAGGGGAAAAGAGGAGGAGAAAACUAUGAGCUGACUUUCCCUGCCCCAUUCUCACCUCUCUUUACACAACCUGGAUGAACAGUAAACACAGCUUCUUGGCUCAAGGCAGAGAGCAAAGUGCAGCCUUUCCCCCUUCAUAAGGGACCAGGGGAUGAGUGUGUCCUCAGAGUGUCUUUCUGAUCCUGGGUGUCACUGAAACAGUCUGGAAAGCAGUGGGGCAGCCAUGGUACUGCUGAUUGGAGAUGGCCUGUGGUCUGGGGUCAUAUUCACGGCCCUCUUCCUGCUUCUGGUGGACCUGAUGCACCGACGCAAGUUCUGGAGGGCCCGCUACCCUCCAGGUCCUAUGCCACUACCUGGACUGGGCAACCUGCUGCAGGUGGACUUCGAGAACAUGCCAUAUAGUUUAUACAAGUUCCAACAGCGCUAUGGAGAUGUGUUCAGCCUGCAGAUGGCCUGGAAGCCUGUGGUGGUGAUCAAUGGACUGAAGGCAGUGCGGGAAGUGCUGGUGAACUGUGGAGAGGACACCGCUGACCGCCCUCCAGUGCCCAUCUUUAAUCACCUGGGCUACCGGCCUAAAUCUCAAGGUGUGGUGUUUGCACGUUAUGGACCCCAGUGGAGAGAGCAGCGUCGAUUUUCUGUGUCUACCAUGCGAGACUUCGGCGUGGGCAAGAAGUCACUGGAGCAGUGGGUGACAGAGGAGGCUGGCCACCUCUGUGACGCCUUCACCCAGGAGGCUGGACAUCCCUUUAAUCCCAUCACCCUCCUGAAUAAAAGUGUAUGCAAUGUGAUUUCAUCCCUCAUUUAUGCCCAUCGCUUCGACUAUGAAGACCCUUUCUUCAACAAGCUGCUCAAGACGUUACAGGAAAGCUUUGGAGAGGACUCUGGCUUCAUUGCUGAGGUGCUGAACGCAGUCCCAGUGCUGCUUCGGAUCCCUGGGCUGCCAGGCAAAGCCUUCCCCAAGCUAACCACAUUCAUGGAUUCCCUAUAUAAGAUGCUGAUUGAGCACAAGACAACCUGGGAUCCUGCACAGCCACCCCGAGGUCUGACAGAUGCCUUCCUGGCUGAGGUGGAGAAGGCCAAGGGGAGACCUGAGAGCAGCUUCAAUGAUGAGAACCUGCAUGUGGUGGUGGCUGACCUGUUCAUUGCAGGGAUGGUGACCACGUCAACCACACUGUCCUGGGCCCUGCUAUUGAUGAUCCUGCACCCGGAUGUGCAGAGCCGUGUCCAACAGGAAAUUGACGAUGUCAUAGGGCAGGUGCGGCGUCCAGAGAUGGCAGACCAGGCCCGCAUGCCCUACACCAAUGCUGUCAUUCACGAGGUGCAGCGAUUCGGAGACAUUGCCCCAGUGAAUGUACCACAUAUGACAUCCCGUGAUGUCGAAGUACAGGGUUUCCUCAUCCCCAAGGGGACGACCCUCAUCCCCAACCUGUCCUCAGUGCUGAAGGAUGAGACUGUCUGGGAGAAGCCCCUCCACUUCCAUCCUGAACACUUCCUGGAUGCCCAGGGCCGCUUUGUGAAGCACGAGGCCUUCAUGCCAUUCUCAGCAGGCCGCAGAGCAUGUCUGGGGGAGCCCCUGGCCCGCAUGGAGCUCUUCCUCUUCUUCACCUGCCUCCUGCAGCGCUUUAGCUUCUCGGUGCCCGCUGGGCAGCCCCGGCCCAGCGACCAAGGCGUCUUCGCCUUGCCUGUUACCCCGACCCCCUACGAGCUCUGUGCAGUCGUGCGCUAGCAAGGACAGCAGCUCCAUCCUCCUCCCCAGCUCGUGCUGCGUGAUGUCCAAUAAACCAGACCUGUGGCUGUCA